CUUCAGGUCGGCGUAGCCUCCAGGUUGGCCACGCUCGCCUGCUUGUAGUGGACACUGCUUCUGGAGGCUGAGGUUGGAGGACCACUCCGGGAAGAUGCAACUCCAGGGCCUGGUGCUCCUUUUCUCCAUCGGGAUCCUGCUUUCUCGGGUGCCCACGGGGAAUGUAUCAGCUGUGGAUCCCGAAGUCAACAUGAAUGUGACUGAGAUAAUCAUGCGCUGGGGAUACGCUGGUGAGGAACACUCUGUCCUGACAGAAGAUGGCUAUAUUCUGAGUCUUCACCGAAUCCCUCAUGGGCGAAAGAACCAUUUUGACAAAGGUCCCAGACCAGUUGUGUAUCUUCAGCACGGCUUGCUGGCAGAUUCUAGUAACUGGGUCACAAACCUUGACAACAGCAGCCUGGGCUUCCUCCUGGCGGAUGCUGGCUUUGAUGUCUGGAUGGGAAACAGCAGAGGAAACACCUGGUCUCUGAAGCACAAGACUCUCUCAGUUUCUCAGGAUGAAUUCUGGGCCUUCAGUUUUGAUGAGAUGGCAAAAUAUGACCUACCUGCUUCAAUUAACUACGUUUUGAAUAAAACUGGCCAAGAACAACUCUAUUAUGUGGGUCAUUCUCAAGGCUGCACCAUAGGUUUCAUAGCUUUUUCACAGAUGCCUGAGCUGGCAAAGAAGAUUAAAAUGUUUUUUGUCUUGGCUCCCGUGUUGUCUCUCGAUUUUGCUUCAGGCCCGUUGCUUCAACUGGGACGCUUGCCAGACCCUCUUCUCAAGGACUUGUUCGGACAGAAGCAAUUUCUCCCUCAGACUGUGAUGCUGAAGUGGCUGAGCAUUCACGUUUGCACUCACGUCAUCAUGAAGGAGCUUUGCGCGAACAUCUUCUUCCUGCUAUGUGGCUUCAAUGAGAGGAAUUUAAAUAUGUCUAGAGUGGAUGUGUAUACAACACACUGUCCUGCGGGAACUUCUGUGCAAAACCUGCUGCACUGGGGUCAGGUUUUUAAAUUCCAUAAGCUUCAAGCUUUUGACUGGGGAAGCAGUGAAAAGAAUUAUUUUCAUUACAACCAGAGUUUUCCUCCCUCGUACAACAUAAAAGACAUGCAUCUACCCACUGCUUUGUGGAGUGGGGGCCGGGACUGGCUGGCAGACAUCAAUGACAUCACUAUCUUACUGACUCAAAUCCCCAAGUUGGUGUACCACAAGAACAUUCCUGAGUGGGACCACCUGGAUUUUAUCUGGGGUUUGGAUGCCCCCUGGAAACUGUAUGAUGAAAUAAUCAGUCUAAUGAAGAAAUACCAGUGAUCGCUGGACUUGAAUACUUCCUCAUCAGUAGUGGGGGAAAAGCAGGUGUUUGUUUAAUUUCUGUAAAAUUCUUGUGUUUUCCUUGUCUAGGUCAUUUGUAAUUUUUAUGUGCAAGAAAAUGAUGAUGUCAAAAGUGUGCAUUGCUCUCUGGUUAAUAAGAAGCACGCUAGCUGUCUUAUGCUUCAUUGUGAUUGACUAGCAAGCGUCACUACCAGUGAUGCCUUUUAAGUAUUUAGAAAGUAUGGGUUUUACAUGGAAAAGUCGUUGUAAUCCUUUUGUUUACCUUUCACGGUUGUUUGUGAUGCAUAUGUGCUGUGCAUGUACGUGCAUAAGUGUGUAUGGGCUGUGUUCUGGCCAGCCGUUCCUUGUGUGGAGGUAAGGGCUCACAUCAGGGUGUCUUCCUCAGUCACUUUCCCAUCUUACUUUUUGAAACAGGGUCUCUUGUUGAACAGGGAGCCUGCUAUUUCAGUUACACUGGCUAGCCAGUGAGCCUCCAGGAUCUGCCUGUCUCUACCUUCCCUCUCACCAAUGCUGCGGAAUGGGGUGUCCCAGCCAGCAUCUUUACCCUGAUUCUAGGGACAGGAACUCAGGUUCUCAUGCUUGUGUGGCAAGCCUUUCACUCGCCGAAUCAUUGCCUCAAACCUUCUGUAGUAGAACAGCUACUCAGUUGCUUUUAUAUUCCCGCCCAACACAAGUGAACACAUACAGGACAUUUCCAGCUGUUGUUUGCUAGCAAAAAUAAGUCUGCCCGUGACUUGAACCCACGAUCAAAAGCUCCUUGCUCUGAGCUUGAGAUGGCAGUGCAAACCUGCAAUCCUAGUUCUCCAGAGGGUUAGAGAGUGAGACUUUGUCUCUAGAAAACCAAAGACAAAGGCGGGAAAAAAAACCCCGAAGUACUCACUUCUCAUCUCUUUGCCUUAGAGGGCUGUCUAGCCCAGGGUUUCUGUGCUUACCUAUCCAGACAGCAUUUUCAUGGUUUUAUGCAUUAGCUGCCUGGUGAAAUCCAGUGUUAUCCCAGCUUCUCCAGGAGUAAAUAUUCUCUCUUCAUUUUCAUCAGACCUCAAUAACAAAAAUUUUCAGGCCAAGCCAAUUUAAAAAAAAAAAAAAGUGUAGACUCUUGAAAAGCAGCUUGCACUGAUUAAAAAAAGAGAACACUUGAAGAUUAAUACAAUGAGCUGUGUUGGUUCUGCAUGUGUAGUCUGGUCACUUUUCUGUGGAGGGACAAACCACUAAUGUGCCAGAAGUGAAUAUGGCUGCCGUUAUGGUGCCUGCAUGAAGCCAAAGCUGGUUGCCGGUGGCAAGUGGUCCAGUUCCCUUUCACACAAAUGAUGUUUUCAGACAGAGCUCUGCUCAGGAAUUUAGCUUUGAGAAUCACUGUUGUAUGCACAAUGUUUUACUGAGCCUGCUUUGCACCUGCGCACAGGAAGCCCACAUGGCUUGCUGGUGAUGGCUGUCACCAGUUGGACAGUUGAUAAGUUUUCUGAUAUUCUGUAUUAGUUACCACAGAUAUAGGAAUAUUCCUUGAUAUUGGCUCAUAUGGACAGGCAGAAUGAUACAACUUUGUAACAAUUUAAAGGUUUGUAUUUAAACUUUUCAAUAAAUCUCAGCCUCAUAGGCCUGA